UGUUCAAGUUAGUUCUAAUUCACGAUGUGUGUUUCCAAAGCUAUGGUGUACUUUCUGCUGGUAACAUUAGCCACAACAAAAGUACGCUGUUUUGAGCAAAAUGAUACAGAUUCUUCUCAGGUCAGUUGCGAAACGUAUGCAUCCAAGCUGAUCGAGAUGGAAUCUGCGAUGAAGAAGGAUCGAGACACCAUCAACCAGCAGCUAUUGUAUCAGAAGAGCUUGUCGGAAGAGCUACUAGUCGCCAUCAGGCUCUUGAGUCAGGCAAUUAGUAAGAAUCUCACCACCCUGCAAACACAAUCGGACAGAGCUGAGCAGCUGGAUACGGUCAAGCACGACCAGAUGCGGAAGGAGAUUGAAACACUUGCAUCAAAAGAAGAUCUCGCUUGGUUCAGGACUAAAUCCGGGUUAUAUCUUCAAAGUAUCGCCGCUCGAUCGUGUAAGCAGGUGCAAUCGGAGCGACCGGGCAAGUACUUCAUACAGCCAGCCGUGGAUGCCGAACCAUUCCUGGGAUACUGUGCACAGACUGCGUUCGGAGGAGGUUGGCUAGUGAUUCAGCAUCGCUACGAUGGAUCGGUGGACUUUCGGCGCAACUGGACCGAGUAUCGGGACGGGUUUGGAAGCAUCGGGGCAGAGUUCUGGGUCGGGCUCGAGCAUCUACAUCGGAUGACAUCGGCCCGACCACACGAGCUGUUGGUGGAGCUAGAAUAUUUCUCAGGAAAAUAUGCGUAUGCCCGGUAUAGUAAGUUCGUGAUCGACAGCGAAGCGGACCAUUAUGCCAUAGGCAGUGGCGGGUCAAGCCUCUCCGAGGCCCUAGGCGUUAUGGUAGACGGGGCCCCUUCACCAAAUCCAGAAAUAUCUAAAGAUAGAGAACUGCGUUUGCCUUCGGGAACGGCCGCAGACGCAGUGCGUUUGCGCCAAGGCAUGAAGUUUUCGACGAUCGAUCGAAACCAUGAUGGCAGUGCUGAUUAUAACUGUGCCUCUGAUGUCCAGGCAGCAUGGUGGUACCGUGAAUGUUACGAUUCCAAUAUUAAUGGAAUUUAUAGGGUGGAUCGGGAUGAAAGUGGUUUAUAUUAUACGCGAAUGUUGAUACGCGAGACUUAA